ACCAUCUCUAUUCCAGUUCAACUCUCUCUCUCUCACACACCGCACACAUUAAUGGCCGCCAAGAAGAAGAGUAAAGCAACCACCCACCACUUCUUUGGCUCGGAUGUACCACUCAGUCCUCUUAUUUGCCGUCUUAACCUUCCACACUAAACCCAUUUCUACAUAGCUUUCUCUCUCGACAGCCUCUCGGUUUUCGUGUUCCACUACGACUCGCUCUCUCUCUCUAUCUAAAACAAUAUCUUCUCUCUAAAACCUGUUCUGCAUUUCAAGAUCUACUCUGCUUCUUCUUAGAGAUUGUGCUUGUGGGUGUUUCUGAAAUGGGAAGCAAAUGGAGGAAAGCAAAACUGGCGCUUGGUUUGAAUCUGUGUGCGUAUGUUCCUAGAGCUGUAGAUGACUCGCCGCCUCCAUCAGAGAGACUCUCUGAUGCUGCUUUGCUCUCGCCGUCGGUUUCUCCGGCGAUGCCGAUGACGCCAACGCCAUCGUCGCGUGGUUUAAGGUUGUCUAAGAGUUUCAGCAGAUCAUCUAAGAAGACGUGCUCAAUAUGUUUGGCUACAAUGAAGUCUGGGGACGGUCAUGCUAUUUUCACUGCAGAAUGUUCACAUUCCUUCCAUUUCCACUGUAUUGCAUCGAAUGUAAAACAUGGCAACCAAGUUUGCCCAGUUUGCCGAGCAAAGUGGAAAGAAAUUCCUCUGCAGGUUCCCAGUUUAGAUCAUCCCCUGGGAAGGGCUAGAGUCAAUCCUGUAAAUUGGCCCCAAAAUGAUGCUUUGAUGGCUGUAAUUCGCCGGCUCCCUCCUCCUCCUGCAAAUGGAAAUCGGCACACAACAAUACUUCCGGCUCCCGAGCCAGCUGUCUUCAAUGACGAUGAAUCCUUAGAUCAUCAAUCUGAGUUUGCCAAGAUAAGCUUCUCAAAUAAGAAUGCUUCAGAUAACGAUUCCCUCAGAACAAUGAAGAUCAAAACAUACCCAGAAGUUCAAGCGGUCCCACGGUUCAAUGCUUUUGAUAACUUUGCUGUCCUGAUCCAUCUCGAAGCUCCUAUUUCACUUUCAGAACAAAAUCCCACUAGAAAUGAGGCUAACUUGCCCAACAUUUCUCAAACUGCUCGUGCUCCAGUUGAUCUUGUCACGGUUCUUGACAUCAGCGGCAGCAUGGCAGGUACCAAGCUUGCUUUGCUUAAGCGAGCUAUGGGGUUUGUGAUACAGAAUCUUGGUUCCAAUGACAGGCUGGCAGUCAUUGCCUUCUCAUCAACGGCCCGCCGCCUCUUCCCCCUCCGAAGGAUGUCCGAUGCUGGAAGACAGCAGGCAUUGCAAGCUGUUAACUCUCUGGUUGCAAAUGGUGGGACAAACAUUGCUGAAGGCUUGAGAAAGGGUGCUAAGGUAAUAGAAGACCGAAGGGAAAAAAACCCAGUUUCCAGUAUAAUACUUUUGUCUGAUGGGCAGGACACAUAUACUGUCAGUGGUUCUUUUGGCAGUAAACAUCAACCAAAUUACCAGUUGCUUCUUCCUCUGUCUAUUCACAGCGAAAACAAUUCAGGUGCUAAGAUUCCAGUACAUGCUUUUGGGUUUGGUACUGAUCAUGAUGCUUCAUCGAUGCACUCAAUUUCAGAGAAUUCUGGAGGGACAUUUUCUUUCAUUGAGAGCGAAGGUGUGAUCCAAGAUGCAUUUGCACAGUGCAUUGGGGGGCUUUUGAGUGUCGUGGUCAAGGAUUUGCAAGUGAGUAUAGAGUGUGUGCACCCCAGUCUCUGCCUUGGCUCUUUAAAAGCAGGAAGUUACCCCAAUCGUGUGAUGUCUGAUGGGCGCGCUGGAUUCAUUGAUGUUGGAGAUUUAUACGCUGAUGAGAUGAAGGAUUUUCUUGUUUCAAUCAAUGUCCCAGUUGAGUUUUCAAGCAGUGAAACAUCAUUGUUAAAGGUGAGAUGUGUUUACAAUGAUCCCUUGACAAAAGAAAUGGUCACUUUAGUAAGUGAAGAGGUUAGGAUUAAGAGAACUGAAACAGUUGGGCAAGAGGUAGAGUCGAUAGAAGUUGACAGGCAACGCAACAGGCUCCAAGCAGCUGAGGCAAUGGCACAAGCACAAACGGCUGCUGAACAGGGAGACCUGAAGGGUGCAAUUUCUAUCCUUGAAAACUGCAGAAGGGUGUUGUCCGAAAGUGUAUCAUCUAAAUCUCAUGAUCGGCUCUGUGUUGCAUUGGAUGCUGAGCUCAAGGAAAUGCAAGAGAGGAUGGCAAGCAGGCAUGUGUAUGAAGCAUCAGGGAGGGCAUAUAUUCUGUCAGGAUUGAGCUCACAUUCAUGGCAGAGAGCCACAGCUCGAGGUGACUCUACAGACGGGUCGAGUCUUGUUCAAGCUUAUCAAACCCCAUCAAUGCUCGAGAUGCUUGGUAGGUCUCAGGCUACUUUAUUGGGUAGUCCAUCAGCUCAGAGGCCUGUUCGACCAGUUAGGUCAUUUGCAUCACCACCCAGGCCGAGGUAAUGUAGGCCUGUUUUGUUAUCUUUGAAUCACAGCUAUAUAUGUUUUGGGGUUGGGUAUAAAUUAGAGAGAUAAGCAGAAGGGUUUGGGCUGUCAAUAUUAGUCCUGUCUUAGAUAUCUGAAGUAAUAAAGAUUGGUAUAGGGUGGACAAGGAAAAGGAAGGUUAGGUAGGUUUUACAACCUUUUGUUUUUUGUUGUUUCUUUUUUUUCCUUGUGUUAUUGCUGGGGGUGAUGUACAUAAGGAAAAAUGGUUUUUAUCUAUUGAGAGAGGUGGGUAUAAGUUUGUAAUUGUGGGUAUAGUUGGGGUGAACUCUGCAGCCAGCUAAUAUGUAAGUUACCUGCAAUGUGAUUCUUUUCACUUAGUUUUGUUGAUGACUUC